AUUAGUACUGUGUUUUUUUUACUUUGAGCUUUAUGCAGUGAUCUAGAGCAUUAUGCUGUUAUAGCACUGAGCUAGAUUCAGAAAUAUAUGGAUAUUGUGAACCAUUUUAAUGCUCUAAGUGUGAUGUUCACCGUGUGCACCCUCACUAUGGAGAGGGUUAUUUAAAUAAGAGCUGGGCUCAGAGACUCUCUAGCCUAGUGUUGUGGGUGUGAACUGUGGGUGUGACAACCCAGCCAGGCAAUCAUGAAAACUGUCUCAGAGGAGGACAUGGCAUGUAUUAACAUGGAGCAUCACAUACCCUGGGAUGAUUUGGGAGAUCUUAUAGAGUGUGCACAUGAUGUCUUUGGAGAGAGCUGUGUCACUUCCAGUCUUUUUCCAAUGGAUUCCUCUCCUGUAGUCACAAGUCCUGAGGUAGACAACAGUAGUGCUAUCAGCAGCAGUAACAUCAUCAGUAGCAGUGACAGUAUUACAAAGGAAGACAAACCCCCCUCUCCUCUACUCCCUCCAUGUCGUGUGUGUGGGGAGAAGGCUUCAGGUUUACACUAUGGAAUCAACACUUGUGAGGCAUGCAAGGUAAGGACUGCCAAUUAA